UGCCACAGAUAAAACAUGGUGUUUACGUUUGGUAUAUGGGACGGAUGGCAUUUGAAGUCAAAUAUUAUGGCAGCUCCCUGUGUGCCCCAUGUGCAAGAAAUGCUCCGGGAAACUGGGCACUGCGCCCUUUUCUACAAGGAUAAUGGUUUGGAGACUCUUAGUGCCGUGGUCCUGUCAUUGCAGAAGUAUGCAGAAGCUUCAGUUAAGCGUUGUAAGGAUAAACACCUGGAAGAAGCUUUCCGGCAUUUGGGUUCCACAGAGAAUGUACUGGGGACUCUCUCAGACGCUGAGGUCUGCCCCCUGAUUAAAUGUGUUGUUGCCUGUCAGACUGAAGCAUGCCACAGCACCAGCUUAUUCCAAAAGCUGGAGAAGAUGAUAGCAAAGCUGUCAGAGGUCAGACCAGGCCUGGUGUCACAGCAGGUGGAGUCCUUGUUGAGUCAGCUAUUCCAAAGAAAAGAAACUGGGGAUGAGAAUUAUCAGGUGCUACAUGUGAAAGACUUGCAGACAGUAUGUAUGUAUCUUGAAGGGAGCUAUAUGGGUCGAAAGUACUUUAAGCAGCAUCUCCACUUAUUGCUGUCCAAAGUGUCUGCAACUUUUUCCUUAUUGCUACAAAAUCAGGCAAAACAGAGAGAGGAUUCAUGUUAUCUGACAGUCAAGGUAUGCCUUCAGAUGUUUAGGGAGCUUGGAGAAGACAUUACUCCUUUGGUCUGGAUCCCUGCUUGUACCACCAGCCCAUUACAAAGUAUUUUCAGUUCUCUUUUGAAAGUCAUUACAAGUCAGAAUGUGUGUCCGGACACAAGGCUGUUGGCUGGCACAGCAGUGGCUUCACUGGCAAUCAUAGGUCCUGAUGCAGUUUUGGGGGCCCAUGCUUGUUUGACCCUGAUGCAGCAGUUGAGAAAGGAAUCCUAUGAACAGAUCAGAUUUGGGGAGCUGCAUGUUUCCAUCACUAGACCUCUUUUAGAUGAACUAAGUUUAGUUGUGUUGCUUCGCGGACUGUUGACCUGUUCCAGUGCAGAUCUUCUUACUAGUGAACUGCCUGCCUUUAACCAGAAUAAGACAACACUGGAGCUGUUGCUACCUUUUGUGGUGUCUGUGUGCGAGGGCAAGAAAGAACAUUAUUAUAGUUUUCAAGUGUUCUGCCUAUGGUUGCAGCGAUUGCGUGAGCUAACUGCUCACAUACUAAAAGUCCGGGGAAUAUGCGCGCUAGCAGCUGAUCAAGAGUCUCUUUGUCUUGUGACGAGGCUCCUAUGGAGUGGCGCAGAGAUGCAAGUGGAUGGCAUGUCUGACUUGGUGCUCAGCUGCUUUCAGCACUUUUUCCAUAUUUACCACACAGAGUGUCAGUUCUUGGGACUACCAGUAGAACCAAUGUUUCAAGAAAUGCUAAAAAAAAUUACAGAGAUAUCUUGGCAGUCUCGCUCAAGGUACAUCCCACUCUGUGCUCUACUGCCUUUCAUUGGACCCAAGAAGGUUCUCGAGUUUUAUCCUGAACUACCUACUGAUUUGUUUCGCUGCCUCUGCAUAAAUUAUCUGUGCCCCCCAGCAGCUGAGACUUAUCGCGUUUUUAUUAGUUUGCAGCAUGCAGAGUGGUCCCGUAAUGGCCAACAGGAUGAGAAAGAAAUGGCAAGACUCUGGGCAAUAAACUGGCUCGCCCCACUAUGUGAUGCGCUAACAUCUAUAAAAAGAUCUCUUCAGACUAACAGUGCUACUUAUUUUCUCCCUUGCACUCUUCGUUGCUUCCCAGGGUCAACUGCUUUGCUAGCCAACCACCUUCAAAGUUCAGAUCCUACUGAGAUGCGGGGAUGGGUCAGCCUUUUACAGUGUCAGAAAAUUGUCUUGGGUAGUGUCACUGAUGAAAUAAAUGUGAAGCUGCAACUCUGUCUAGAAUCUGGUGAUGAUGGUGUACGAUUAUCUGCCUUAAACUUCUUAUGCUGCAGCCCCCGUAGCUGUCAGCCUCCAGCCCCUCAUGAACUAAAGAUGAUCAAGAAAUUUCUUCCCUUUAAUCUGGGUUGUGAUAGUCCAGGGUUCCGUCAGCAGCUACAAGCUGUGCUAAAGAAGGUAACUGAACGGUUACGAGAUGUCGCUCUUGCUGCUCUACGCAAGAAGAGGACCAAAGAGGAAGAGAUUUCCCAGGUGGUCGAUUUCGUUGAGUGGUUGCUUCAGCUGAGUGUCUCAUCGCUGUCACCUGCUGGAAAUUAUCAGCGUUGUUGCAGUGGGCUACUCCUUUUGUCUGGUCUGCUUGAGAGUUGCACCGACUCUUGGACUCCACAAAGGAAGAAAGGACAGCCCCCAUCUGACAUGCCAGUGCUACUAAACUAUGCAAGAGAGAAAGGAUGCUGGGAUUUCUUUUCGCCACCAAACAUGCAGGCACUGCUGGGAUGUAUGCAGGACAGCACAAAUGAGAUACGGGAACUGGCAUCUGAUUUGCUAGUACGUUUUUUCCCAGCAGCCCCAGAAUCCCUAACCCUUGCCAUGUUUGAUUUGGGCCAAGAAUUUAUCUGCAGUCCCCGGGUUUCCGUGGCAGAAGCUGGAGCCCUCCUGUUAAAGACAGUUAUGCAGAGGUUGGAUAGAGGACUGCCUUUUCCUUCAGAUGCACCUUGCUCUGCAAUGAGCUUUAUAAUUUACCUGACAAACAAACUGGAGGAUCAUUAUCAUUGUGCACAGAAAAACAUGCUGCAUGCAGCAACUUGUAAGCCCCUUCAUGGUGUGCUUUCUGCAUUACGACUGUGUUUGCUUGAUGUGCCUUCUGUCAAAAAGUCCCUCUCAGACCCUGACCUUGCUGAUAGAUGGCUUUGCCUUUUUGAAGACCUUGUGAGUUCCUUGAAAGACAUAACAUCCUUUAUCCUUUCUGUGCUUUAUGGUACCCAUGGGGAAGAGGGUUCAGAAGCAGCGGCUCCUUCUUUCGCAGAUAUGGGAAAAGCAGUGAGUGCAUUGAUUGCCCAGGGCCAAGGCCUGGAUGAGGUGCGUGGGGAUGUCUUUCUGUCGGAGGAGCACAGCCUUAUCAUGACCUGCUGCUGGGUGUCCCUAAAGGAGAUUGGGCUUUUGUUGGGGCCUCUAGUGGAAAAGUUGAUAUGUGGCCAGACAGCUCUCCUCUCUACAUCAGCAGUCCAUAAAUCUGUAGAGAUGUAUCAGGAUAUAUGUUUUAGGUGCCGGCACUGGGGAGCAGUGGAUGGUUGCAGUGCAGGAUUCACUAGACUUUGUUCUGUUCUUCUUAAUCAUGAAGAUCCAACACUAAGGGCUAUACCUAAAGACAUGAUCGAACAGGCCCUGGCACGGUGUCGGUCUCAGAACUCUCUCUCAGUCACUCGCAGGGCUGCAGGUUUCCCAGUCCUCCUUCAGUGCAUUUUGUGUGCAGAGGGAACGCUUCAACCUCUACUGACAUACAGUGUUCAGAACUUGCUAGAGCUAGCCCAGGAGCCACUUCCUUCCCACUGGGACCAGACUCGAGAUCUGCCACAGGUGGCAGCUGUUCAUGCUCUACAGACUCUGAUGCGCUCUGCAGGCCUACGUUCAUCUCUGCUCGUCUAUGCUGUUCCCUUGAUGUCCCUUGCACUCUGCUCUCUCCGCUCUCCCUGUUGGGCCAUGCGUAAUGCAGCCUUGCAACUUUUCAGUGCUCUUACAAGUGGAAUCCUGGGGAUAUCACGCAGUGAUGCUGACAGCUCUGUGCAGAGUACUCUGUCUUUGGGGACACUGCUGAGGAGGUUUCCAGGAAUGCAGGAUGUUCUGUUGAAAGAGCUGGGCACUGCUCAGCAUGCAGACAAAAUGCUGCACCCCAGUGUUCACCCACCUCUUGCCUUACUCGCCAAGUUACAAGCUGGAGGGGACAAUGAUGCCAGUUGUUUCUUGGACCCUCUGUUAAAGCUGGCAGGAAACCCAAUCUAUGCAGUGCGUGUCAUGGCUGCCCGUGCACUUGUGCCAGUUGUCCAGGUGAUGAAUUACCAUGCCUUGCUUCUCCAGCUGGUUGGCAAACUUCCCCAAGACAACGAAAGUGUGUCCCACAAUUCUCUGCAUGGGAAUUUGCUGCAAAUUCAUGCUCUGCUUGUACCAGCCGUGAAAGAGAGAUGCCUGACACAGGAUGUCAGAGAGAUGGUGCAGCAGAAGCUGCUUGCAGUUCUAUGGUUGUUGUCUCCAGCCCAGAAGUGCCCACUGGUGAGAGCUGCUUUCCUAGACAUUCUCUCUGUGUUGGUGCCAAGUUGUGGAAAGGACUUUGCAAGGCUUGUGCGGGAAGCUAUUCUGAAUACACUAAAGGUGCAAAGCUUAGAGGUGGGCUCAGCAGUUUUUCACGAUGCAUGUGUAGCUUACCUGUGCAAUGAAGCUGCUUCCUCCUCAGAUGCAACUUUCUAUCCCCAUGUGAUUUUUUUCUUGAGAGCUGGUGAGCCAGCUGCACUGAAAUGGGUGAAUGAAUAUCGUGAGUGUGAUCUGCCUUUAAAUCUGGCCAGGAUUGUGAGAGACACAUUACAGGCAAUGUUGUGCUCUAAGUUGCUCUCUGAAGAUCCAAGUGCUGGUCUUAUGCUGUAUUUGGAGAGCUUUGUUCAUAUCCACACCACCUGCACCCAGCUUGCAGAUCUCCCUCCUUCUGAAACUCCUGAUAUGCAGUGCAUCCAUGUCUUGCUAUCCCUUCUGGAGUCACACAAAGUGACCCCACAACUCAGGAGCUGCGCGCUGAGCACUGUUGGCUUGCUACUAAAACACUGGUCAAUGAAAGACAUUGUUUCUCUGGUUUCAAUCUGGCUAUCGGCUAUCUUCCGCUGUGCUAAUGUGUCUUGUGAAAAGCUACGGCUAGGAGCAGCACAAGCUCUUCAGCUGGCUGGAACCCAGCUGGUUAGACUCGCACUGAACGAAAGAGAACCUAGCGUUACAAGUUUGGCAGUAAGGGCUAUAGCUUGUGGGGUGGACCUGCUGCAGGAUGAGGAUAGAAGCGUGAGAGAAGCAGCAGCCAAAUUUGCUGCGUCUGUGUUGGGUCACCCGGCCAAAUUAACUAUGCAGAGCAACUGGGCCCUGCUACAUCUUUUUAAGCUGCUGAGUGAGAGUUUUCAGGACAGUGAAGAAUCCCUUAAUGCUCUUCUGCUGCGCUUACCUCCAUUUGAUGUUGAUGCUGCACUCUCUUCUCUUUCUGAAAGGUCAGUCAAUCUGUAUGAAGAGGAUCAACCCAACGUGUUUGCAGACUCCAGGCAACUUACCUUGCUGCUACUCCCACAGAUCUCUUCUAUUAUGAACUCUGCAUCAUUAAGCUCUGCUGUACUGCCAUGGAUAGCAAGCACUUUAGCUCCACUCAGACAACAGAUCCAGAGAUGUCUUCAUUGGUGCACCGAACAGGGGUCCAUCUCUCAGCUCUGGCUAAAGGCUUCUGGAUGCCCACGCUUACAUGUUGCUGUUUUGGGCUUGCUUGUUCGAAGUGAGCUGGUUUUGAAGGCCCUGCAGACAUUAAGCAAGAGUGAAGUGCUGGUCACAAACCUUGACAUCUCUUUAUCUUGUCUAAAAGAUGAGCUGUCUGAGCUGCGGGCACAGCUUACACUGCAUGGAAUUGGACUCAAUGUGGAAUCACUCUAACAAGAUGCAUAAAUACCACUGGGCAUUUAAUGUGCCAUGGUGCCUUCUCUUCUGCUCUUAUCUAUUGAACCUACUCUGCAGUGCAGGCAGCUGUAGCAUGGAAAGGGUGAGUGGUUUUAUGGCCAUUAUUCAUGUUCUUUAUUUACCAUGGAUCACAGCUGCCUUUGUUGAACAGCAGUGGGUGGAUAUGAGGACACAUAAUGAAAUCUCAGUUUUAGCAUAAAGACAGCUUCUUUUAAUCAGCACCACAUUUAUAUUUUCCACUAAGUAAAUGACAUGCAGCUGAAAAAAUGGGCUAAAUAUAAAAGUGUUUGGACCUCUCAGAAUUUGUAAGUAUGCAAAGCAACUGUUACCAGAACAAGCACUCAUUUGUGAAAUAAAUUCACUGAAUGUUUUUAACUAAAGACAUUUUGUGUAUAAAUAAAUAGCAUAUAUGUGAAUAAUAUUAUAUGUAUCUACAUCUUUAAAUCCCUUAAGCAUUUUAUUAUACACAGUGAGCUGUGGGAUAGUGAAGUAGCAUUCAUGUUAUUAUGGGGCAGAGAUGAUAUUUGCUCUGAUUUUCACUAUCACGGGGGUCCUUGGGCAGAAGAAAGCAGAUAAAUAAUAUCUGAAAAUGAUGUUGUAUCUUGUAGUGUUGCUGAGGAUACCUUACCCAACCCCUAGGUACAUAUUAUAAAGAGUCAAGAAAGAAGUAGUAUUUACUGUUAUUUUGAUAUUUUGCUUUCUACUGCUACUUUCUAAAUGUCGCUAGCUGAACAGAAAGAAGAUAUGGAAGAUAUUAUUUGUGGGAGUAAUAUGCAGAUGUCCUACCGCUAUGCUCAAUGUCAGCUCAGACUAAAUAGUCUAAAUAGGCUUAUAGUAAUGUUAGAUCAUCAUAGCACCUACAGCAGGAAAUAAAACAAUUUACUUUGAUUUUUUUUUUUUUUUUAAAUGAAAAAUUAUAUAAUUGUUUUCUAUUAAAACUGAACAAAAAGCAUUUAUCUGUGAACUGAA